GACGCGCGUUACGAUCGAAACGCAAUGUCUCAGAGUUCCCGUCUGCCCAUGGAGCUAGAAGACCCGGCCUCCAAUGAAGGGCCCAUCUCAAUUAAGCAUAUUUGAAAAUGCGAGCUACAGCCUUGUGUACAUUCCCGACCACCGGCUUCUCAGGGGAAACCGGCAUUCCAGCAUGCCUUGGAUCAAGCGAUCACACAUGGCGAUGACCGAUGGAUUGCUGGGCAGCGUGCUUGAAGGGAGAGCUGGAUACUCUGUUGAAAAGGCUGGUCCAUCGAGUCUCCUGUCCUGGAGGUCUUGGCCUUCAACUCUCGUUCUCCAGCUUCAGCUGCUCGUCUUGCAAGUUUCCGUGUCACUCGUUCCUUUCCUUGUUUGAGAGCUAGAUCAUCCCCACGAUGAGGUUCGUUUCACUCCUUUGCGCAGCACCUCUGGUGUCUGCAAGCAUCAUUCCCGUGCACCAGGCUUUGGACUCUCGAGAUGCGGUGGUAAAUGAAACCGCACAGGCAGUGCCGAAAGCCAACAAGCGUUUCAGCCUUGGCGAGGUGCCAAACGUCGACUACAAGGGCGGCGAUGCGCCUCUCGAGCUGAUCAAGGCCCAUACUAAAUACCAGAGCGAGCUACCUCCAUGGUUGCGGAGUGUGGUUGAGUCGAACCCUGACUUGUCCAGCAAGUUCAAGAGCUACCUGCAGAUGGGCGGAGAUGCUGGCAUGACUGGCACUGUGUCGGCGAGCCCUCCCGCUUUCUACGAUGUGCAAUACGUUGUCCCAGCAGACAUUGGCACGCCUCCACAAAGGACGUUUCUCAACCUCGAUACAGGUUCUUCCGAUCUGUGGACCUUCAGUUCCGACACAUACCAACCGCAAGUCCGUAACCAGAUUCUGUAUCGACCGCAGGACUCAUCCACCAGCGAGCUUCUGAACGGUGAAUCAUGGUCCAUCCGCUACGGCGACGGCGCGGAAGCGUCCGGCAUCGUAUACCAGGACCGCGUCGCACUCGGUGGCGUCCACUUUGACCAGCAGGGUGUCCAGUCAGCCGUGCAGGUCUCCUCUGCCAUCUCCGGAGACUCCUUCUCCUCUGGCAUCAUGGGCAUGGCAUACACCUCGGGCGCCAACACCGUGCGCCCGACCAAGCAGAAAACGUUUGCCGAAAACAUCCGCGACGAGCUCGAGUCCCCCGUCUUCACGGUCAAUCUGCAAAAGGGCCGGCCUGGCAACUACAACUUUGGCUUCAUUGACGAGUUGGAGCACACGGGCAAGAUUGCGUACACCAAGAUCACGGACAACGCGGCCUUUUGGAAGGUGCCCAUUGCCGGUUACCAGGUGGGCGACCGGACGUUUCGCCAAUACGCGUGGGAGGGCAUCGUGGACACGGGCACCACCCUGCUCCUCGUCCCGGACGACAUGGUCAACGACUAUUACUCUGCCAUUCUUGGGGCUCGGUACGACCCCAGGGUUGGUAUGGUGGUCUUCCCCUGCGACGCGUCCGUCCCGGAUUUCAAGUUCGGAUUUGGUAACUUUAGGGGCGUCAUUCCCGGCAACUACGUUCGCUAUGGCCAGUACACCGGGAGCGACUGCUUUGGGGGGAUCCAGUCAAGCGAGGGUAUCGGCAUGGCGAUUAUUGGGGAUGUCCUUAUCAAGGCGCAGCUGGUGGUGUUUGACAUGGGUAACGGCACCGUGGGCUUUGCCAACAAGCAGCUGUCCUCUGAUUGAGUUGCUUGAUAUCGGAUUUUGAGACAAUAUGACUUUAGAUGUGGUAUGGUUGAGAGCGUCUCUUGCUUAGUGACAUUUAAAGGUCGAAGACACUGCUGGACUAGUACUUUCCCGGCCUGAGUGCGCAGUUUGCGUUCCCUGCCGCAAUGAGACUUAUAGUUAUGGAAUGCGUAUACUAAAACAUACCCUGAUCCGCCUAAGCCGUGUGAUACUGCGGAGCAGUGUUCCGUCGCUCCCGGCGGUACU